CAAUUCGCUCUCACUUUUCCCAUUCUCUUCUCGCUUUCUCUGUCACUUAACAUUACAUGGAACCUCCGGUGGAAGAGGAAGAAGAACGGCUCGAACGAGCGGAGUCAGUCGACUCACUUCCUGACUUCGACCUAGCCUCCACUAGUUCAGGCUUAUCUUCCGUAUUCAGUUCUGGCGAUAUAUCCGGCGCAAGCGGCAGCUCCGGCGAAAUUCCACUGGCCGACACCGUGUUGCCGCCGCCGCCGCCGCCGCCGCCGGAACCUUCGAGGCGGCAGAAGUGCGUCGGAAGGAGUAAUAAAGGUGUCACGUGGGGAUUCACUUCCGUCAUCGGGAGGCGGAGGGAGAUGGAGGAUGCCGUCGCCAUUGUACCUGGAUUCAUGUCGCGCACGUGCGAUCACGUCGGCGGAUGUACCGCUCCCGGUUCUAGAACCUCCGGAGAGAUCUCUCCUGUUCAUUUCUUCGGCGUAUAUGACGGCCAUGGCGGCGCGCAGGUAGCACAAUUUUGUGCGGAGAGGAUGCAUGGAGUUGUAGCAGAAGAGUGGGACCGCGAAACAGUAGAGGCUGCUGCAUGGCGGAGACGAUGGGAAGUAGCAUUUUCUAAUGGAUUUGAGAGGGUUGACAAUGAUGUCCAGAGGGAGGAAGUCGCUUCGGACAUGAUAGGAUCAACUGCCGUUGUUGUUGUUCUAUCUGGCUGCCAGAUUAUAACAUCAAACUGUGGUGACUCAAGAGCAGUGCUUUGCCGAGGAAAUGAAACCAUCCCGUUAACUGUUGAUCAGAAGCCUGAUAGACAGGACGAACUCCUGAGAAUUGAAAGUGAGGGAGGGAAAGUCAUAAACUGGAAUGGUGCUAGGGUGUUGGGAGUUCUUGCCAUGUCCAGAGCUAUAGGUGAUCGUUAUCUAAGGCCAUGGAUAAUUCCAGUGCCUGAAACUACUUUCAUGACCAGGACUGAUGAGGAUGAGUGUCUGAUUUUGGCUAGUGAUGGGUUGUGGGAUGUCAUGUCAAACGAAGAGGCUGGGGAGGUGGCUCGCCACCUUCUAAGAAGGCGACGCAGGUUAAAGACAACUGAUGGGGUUUCUCCAGCACAAGCUGUAGCCAAAAAUCUCACUGAUAUGGCAUAUGGACGGAACAGUUCAGAUAACAUUUCAAUCAUUGUUGUUGAUCUAAAAUCCCAGAAAACACGACAACCAAGGCAGUGAGAGGGAAGCAGGAUUGCUUUUUCCUCCUCUAUCCAAUUCCGUCAGUUGCAGGCUGGAAUAUAAAUUGACUGAAGUCACUGGACAGGUAGCUUUGCCUUUAGCCGUACAUGUUUUUCCUGAUCUUCAAAGACCUCACUGUAACAUACCGACUGCCCCAUUAGCUAAGGUUUGGCACUGCAGAAAAUUUGAUCAAUCCUUUGUUUUUGAGUGGUUUGGUGAGGAAGUACAUCCAUCGGAAGUGGAAUAAGAAAGAGCUUUUCAUGAAUUUUUACACCAUAGGAAAAGCUUAGAAUGCCUUACUUCCAAUCCAAGGUAUUGUUUCGAUAUUCUUUCGUAAUAUCCCCAUCCCCUUCCUUUUUUCCCCCAAAUAUAUAUAGGGGACUACUAUUCAUCCAUACCAUUGUGAUUGUGUCUCAGAAAUCCAUAUUUACUCAUUCUUUGUUUCACUUCAGCAUUGGGGGAAAAGGAAGAUUAAUGAAAUUUCUCUAUGGAAGUAAAACUGUUUGCAUAACACUAAUAUCAGUCAUGUCCAUAUUGAUUACAAUGAAAAGGAAGAAUUUAA